GAAGAAAGAGCUGUAAACCAAAGCUAUCUUUCUUCUCUUCUUUUUCCCCCUUCUUUUAAUUUGCUGUUAUCUUUUCUUCUCUCAUCAAAAUAUUUAAUGGCCAAGCAUGAAAGUAAACUACUCUGCUGAUGCUGUUAAGGAUUAUCGUUAUUCAGGCGAAGUGCAAAAGAUUCAGUGGUUGAGGGAUUCAUUACUAAGACCAGCCUAUUACAGUCCACCAUAAGCACUCAGACUCUGCACCAAUGGCCCCAAGCAAGAUCCGUAGGGCCCUUGGGGCCGUCAAGGACAAGACUAGCAUUGGCUUAGCCAAGGUGAGUAGCAGCAACUCCAUCUCCGAGCUCGAGGUUGCCAUCGUAAAGGCAACACGCCACGAAGAACUACCGGCCGAAGAGAGGCACAUUAGGGAGAUUCUAAGCUUAACAAGUUACUCCAAUACCUACAUUACUGCUUGCGUGAACACAUUGUCAAGGAGACUAAACAAAACUAAGAACUGGACUGUGGCACUCAAGACACUCAUGUUAAUCCAUCGUCUCCUCUUGGAGGGUGAUCCGGCUUAUGAAUCGGAGAUCUUCUAUGCUACACGGCGUGGUACUCGCCUGCUCAACAUGUCUGAUUUUAGGGAUUCUUCACGACGCGAUUCCUGGGAUUUCUCGGCAUUUGUACGUACAUUUGCUCUCUAUCUUGAAGAACGACUUGAGUUUCGGAUGCAAGGUCGACGAGGCGGUCGCCGAAGUGAGCGGCUGAGAUACGAUGAAGACGAAGAAGAGACUGCGAGGUCGCCGGUGAAGAGCAAUACUCCAGUCCGUGAGUUCAAGAGUAUUGAGCGCAUCUUUACUAGGUGUCAACACCUGCAACGAAUCCUUGAGAGGUUCCUUGCAUGUCGACCAACUGGAGAGCCGAAACACAACCGAGUGGUGAUCGUGGCCCUCUAUCCGACUAUAAAAGAGAGCUUCCAAAUAUACUUUGACAUAGCCGAAAUAAUGGGCAUCUUGAUCGAUCGUUUCAUGGAUCUGGACGUUCGCGACUGUGUUCGAGUCCACGAGAUCUUCGCCAGACUCAGUAAACAGUUCGACGAGCUUGACUCGAUAUAUAGUUGGUGCAAGCAAAUCGGAAUUGGAAGGUCCUCCGAGUACCCAGAGGUUGACAGAAUCACUCCCAAGAAGCUCGAGGUCAUGGACGAAUUCAUCCGAGACAAAUCUGUUCUUGCCCAGAGGAAGAGAGCCAACAACCAUAGCGAUGAUAGUCCCAUCAUCCAGGAGAAGAAAGACGAUAAAGAAAAAGUCCAGACUGUGGAAGAAAAAGAAGAAGAUAUGUCGAAGAUCAAAGAGUUGCCGCCACCCGAAGGCGUCUCUGAAGAAAACAAGAAAGAAGACUCCACCACCACCACCCAACAAGAAGCAGACUUGUUGAAUCUUCACGAUAACGACACGAUGACCACCAAAGAGUAUAGUGACAAAUUGGCCUUGGCCUUGUUUGACGGUGUCCCAACAUCGUCGGCGACAUCGCAAGGGCCGGGAUGGGAAGCUUUCAUGUCGGAUGACUCUGGGGAUUGGGAGACGGCAUUAGUGCAAUCAGCUAGUAACCUAUCGAACCAGAAGACAUCUCUUGCUGGCGGAUUCGAUACAUUAUUGCUUGACGGCAUGUAUCAACAGUCGGCGGUGGUAGCGGCACAAAGAGCCUAUGUAGGCACAGGGAGUGCAAGUAGUAUGGUAACGUCCGAUAAGUCAGCGAUGCUGGCAUUGCCUGCACCACCAGUUUCAGCCAAUGGUGGAGUGAACCAUAAUGUUGAUCCAUUUGCUGCGUCUCUAACGGUGGCGCCGCCUGCCUAUGUGCAAGUGUCGGAUUUGGAAAAGAAGCAAAAGUUGGUGAUGGAAGAGCACAUGAUGUGGCAACAAUAUACAAGGGAUGGGAUGCAAGGGCAGCUUGGUCUUAUGAAACUACAACAAAAUCAAUACUAUCCCUACAACACGGGAGGUUACACACGUAGCUACUGAGUUGAAUCUUUUAGCUGACAGCAAAUAUUAUUGGAUCGAGUUUUCUACACCCACGGUGAAGAAGAAUCCCGUCAUUAUAGGCAUCUAAACCAUCUAAUUGAGCCUAAAAGAUAUUUGUGAUUACAAUCAAUAGGGUAUGGGAGAAUCUAAAGUUCAAUAAUAGAGUUAUAUCAUCGGUGACAAAAUAUUAUUUGUGAUUCUAUGGAAAUUAAUGUACAUUAGGGCCGAUGGAAGGUGAGUUGCUUAUUUAAUUGGAAAGUGAAGUGAAGUGUAUUUUUGUC